AUGUUCGUAGCCACACCAAGGAGAAACCUUUUCGAUGCGCUCAAUGCAGCCGUUGUUUUACAAGAAGAUGGAGGCCCUGACCGUGUCCACCGCAUCACAGUCAAGACAUUCCGAGCUUGUUCGCAAUGCGCAUCUGCUCGUGUUCGAUGUAGCGGUGGCGAACCUUGCAAUCGGUGCCGGAGUCGCACCAUCAGCUGCCAAUACCCAACUGAGAGACGUGGAAAGAACAAAAACUCUGUGGACUCGCUUCAAAGGUCUGCCAAUAAAACGGUCAAAGCGUCUCCACGAGGAAAGAGGUCUAUUUCACAGCAAUCUGCCGGCGGUAUAUCAAAGCGACAGAUGUCUGCGAGUCUUCAAAGCCCUCGGGCUCAGUCAAUGGACCAACAAGUUCAAUUCCGUUUCAUCAAUUACAAUACUGCUUCCCAGGUACCUGCCACAAGUCAAGAAACACAAUAUAUAAGUCAGAACUUCGCAAAUGAUCGCGGAAAUGAAACAAUCCUGGACUUCGGAGCUCAAGCCGAGAAUUCGGAAGAGCACAGUCAGAAUAGUCCACAAAUUAUAUAUCCGACGAGUUCUCCUGAGGCUAGUCCUCCGAACAGUACCACCGUUUGUCCGUUCAAUGUAACGAAUCAUCAGCUAUCGGAAGCCGACGAUCUGAAUCAACUACGAUCUCCCGUGACAACCUUGCCCCUUGAUCUAUCACAACCGUCCGCGUUGGACUUACCUAUAGCUCCAGAACUGUUUGAGUCGGUUGAGGACUUGGGCUUAAAUUGGCUUCCCAUAGAUAUUUUGAAAGAUAUGAACGCACCACUACUGAUGGAUUCGAACACUACAUAUAACGGGAUGAAUGAAUGGUGGCUAGAAGGAUUGAAUGCUAAAAAUGAUUGGAUACAGCCCACGAUACCCCUAGGCCAGAUACCUCCACUUAAUGGUGCAGAUCAGCCCACCUCGUUCCCUUAUGCUGAUAUACAAAGCCCUCAUUCAUUCGGCAAUUCGUCGCAAGACAGAUCCCCAUCCUCUUCGACGAAUGAUGAAGCGUUGAAUUCUGGCCAAUAUUAUGUUGAUGGAGAAGGGGCCCGUCUCACAAAGCAAAAGAGGCGAAGAACAAUUCAUACUGAUCCAGUAGAGGAUCCAAUAUCCGCUGCGAUCUACCAAAGGCGGCCACAGCUGGCAUUCCCAGUGAUACAAGAUGUUCUUGUACAAAAACUUCAACAAAAUGUAUCUUCCACUAACCACAUACCCACCAAUACAUAUGAAAGGAUUCUCAACAUGUUCGACAAGUUAUGUCGCUCUGAGACCUUGUUCGCGGCUUUUGAGCCAACUGUUUUCCCUGGAGCAGAUUUGCUAGCCUUUUUUGUCUCGAGUUACUUGGACGAGUUCCAGCCUGUCUAUCCAAUAUUUCACAUGCCGACAUUUGAUCUGGAGAAGAAUCAUUGGAUUCUGAUACUUACCAUGUCAGCAAUUGGAUCCUGUCUUAUCAACUCGUCGCAGACGGCAGAUUAUGCGUACCCCCUACAAGAAUUUGCACGAAGGGCAAUUCUUGUUGAAAAAGAAACAUACACCGGUGCAAAGCCCAUCUGGCUCAUACAGGCGAUGAUUUUAAAUUGCAUCGGUCUUUAUCACGGCACUGAUGAUCAAGCCAAGGGACUCAGCUUCAAUUGUUUGAAUGACUUGGUACGGUUAGCGCAUCAACAGAGGCUGCUCUCAAGCGAACAAACAAAUAUGGGAAGUGAAACUUCGUGGAAAGACUGGAUCGAUGUGGAAACAAGACGAAGAACCGGUUAUUUUAUUUGGCUCGUUGAUAGCACUCUGGCUUAUACUGCAACCAAUUUUCGGCCGUUCUUCAGUCUUAAAGAUGCACAGGCGCCCCUCCCAGCACACGAAAGUUUAUGGGAUGCAGCAAGUGAGGAAAACUGGAAAUUAUUAGACCGUACCGACAACGUUUCUCUUCAUUCAGCUACUGAGGUUCUCUUUAUCGAAAAGAGGUCGAUACCGAAUAUUUGUGAAUUUGACCACACUUUACUGCUUCACGCCCUUUAUCAAAGACUAUGGGAGGUUAGCGACUACUUUCAAAGUCCUCUUACAUGUUGGAACCCAAAUGCAGCAAGACAGCCGCGAGAAGCGGCAAUCCCAUCGAGUUCUGUGUGGCUACCUGGGGUAUCGAUGUAUUCCAAAUGGCGCAACAGUGCCUGUGAUUGCUUGGAUACACUUCACUGGCAUGCCAACGGAACUAUCGCAAAGGCAGCAGGCUUUGAGCAUCCGACUGUACUACAUCUGCACGCCGCACGCGUGGUACUUUUAGUCCCGUUUCGAGAAAUCCGAAGCCUGGCUACCUCGUUAGCAAAUGCAACGAUUACUUGGGACAGCAGGUCACUCGAGCGUAAUUCUGACUGGCAACAUGCUUGGCGAUGGGUGACACAUGACCAGUACAAAGCUCGACUUUCGAUUAUUCACGCGGGCUCGGUGUUUUGGCACGUUCGUCGCUACUCGACUAAUGCAUUUCAUGAACCAGUAUCUGUAUUUCUAGCAACCCUAGCGCUAUGGGCAUACGGUAUGUGCAGUUAUAACUCAUGUUCAAGGCCACCACCAUCAACGACAGCAGCCGGACAAGAAACCCAAGAACAACAGGAUCAAGCCGACUUCGACGCAAAUCCAACAUUUAUUCAUCUUGAUCGACCAUGUGAUGACGAAAUUGUGCAACUCUUUGUACGCAAAGGUCAGACGAUGAGGGGCAAUGUUACGGGUGUAGGAGAUAUAUGUAGUCCUCAGGGACCAUCAAGGGUUCUGAAGGAAGGUAUUCGAAUCUUGUCGAGUUUGGCUGCAACGUGGGGGAUUACACAUGAGUAUAUUCAUAUCUUGUCGAGGUUGAGGGAUCAUACAUCCUUGCCUAUGACGGCUGUAACGCGAGGCUAG